AAAAAAAAAGCAUCAACAAAUUUUCAGAGUUGUUCUGAGAACAUUAAAUUUAUAACCAUCAACAAAUUUUAAAGCGGAUUCACACAAUUUUGACCAUAUUAUCAUCAUAGUUAACAAAACAAUAACAACAAUAUCAUUGGAAAAUUAUGAAAAGAGAUAAAAAAUUUGCCAAUAUCAAGAAUAAGAUUCAAAAUCUUAAAAAGAGAAAAACAACUCCAAAUGAAAAGAAGAGACAAGUACAGUAUAAUGAAGAUGAUGAUAUUAUUCAUUCAUCGGAAGAAGAAUUUGAAGUGAGUGCUGAACAAUUAGCUAAAACAGCUGAUGAUGAUGAUGAAAAAGUUAUUAGAGAUGCAAGUGAAGUUGUUGAACAAAAAGAAGAAGAAGAAAAAUUGACAGCUGCAGAAAAGAGAGUUUUAAAUGCUAAACAAUUUUUAGAUAAUUUGAAACAAUAUGAAGAGGAUAAAGAGGAUCAAGAUGAAUACAAUCAAAUGUUAAAUGAACAAGAUCCUAUUGCUCAAGCUCUUAAAAGAGAAGCUUUAAAAGCAAAGAAACAAAUACCUUCAAGUUAUCAUAAAUAUCUUGAAGAAUUAGAUUUCAAAGAUGAAGGAGUAGUGACAUUUUUGAAAGGACAUAAAAAACCACCUACUUGUAUUUCAUUGGAUAAUACAAAUUCACAACAAUUAAAAGGAUUUUCAGUUGGUAAAGAUGGAUGUAUUAUAAAUUGGGAUUUUAACAAGGGAAGUAAAAUAUCAAUUACCAAAAAAGCACAUGAUAAUUUAGAAAUUUUAUCUUGUGCACUAAGUUUUGAUGGAAAUAUAUUAGCAACAGGAGGAAAAGAUUGUAAAAUUCGAUUAUGGGAUACAAAAACAAUGAAACAAAUUGAUGUUUUAGAUGGACAUUUUAAACCAGUUACAAGUUUAGCAUUCCAAAUGGGACAUUUAUCAAAUAUUACUGGUUCUUCAAAUAAUUCUUCAUAUGCUUAUCAAUUAUAUUCAGGUUCUAUGGAUAGAACUGUUAAAGUUUGGGAUGCUAAAGAAUGUUCAUUUGUUGAUACUUUAUAUGGUCAUGAAAGUGAAGUACAAGGUAUUGAUACAAUGAUUACUCCACACGCUCUAAGUUGUGGUUCUGAUGCAACUUUAAGAUAUUGGAAAGUUGAAGAUGAAACUCAACUCAUUUACAAAUCUUCUACUACUAAAUAUAGUAUUGAUUGCAUGAAAAUGUUAAGAGAAAAUUGCUUUUUAAGUGGUUCACAAGAUGGUUCUCUUUCUUUAUGGUUAAAGACAAAGAAAAAACCAAUUUCACAUUUCCCUUCUGCUCAUGGUGGUGAAUGGAUUACUUCUGUUGGUGCUUUACGUUUCUCUGAUAUUGCUGCAAGUGGUUCUUCAGAUGGUUAUAUGAAAUUAUGGAGAUGUGAUCCAAAUACAAAGGUUUUACAAUUGAAGAAUAAUAUUCCAAUGGCUGGUUUCAUUAAUUCUAUAGAAUUUAAUUCAAAUGGUCAAUUUUUAGCUGCUGCAAUUGGUCAAGAACAUCGUUUAGGAAGAUGGUCAAGAAGACCACAAGCCAAGAAUGGUAUUGCAAUUGUUAAAUUAUUAUCAGAAGAAACGAUAGAAAAGGCAAAAUUAGAUCCAUCCAAUAAUUAUGUUAAACAUUCUGAUCGUGAUAAUGAAUAUGACGAUUUUGCAGGUGACGAAGAAGAGGAAGAUGAUAGUGGUAACUUUUUCUUAUAAAUAAAUUAUUUUAGUUCAAUCUU